UUAAAAAAAGGUGACAGUUGUGAUUUCUUAAUCAUCAAAACUUUUAACUGUAAAAUAUUUAUAUGUGUGUUGUUGUUUGUUUUAACUCAAAGAACCUGAACUGAAAUAAUAAAAUUUUGUAAUAAUUAAUUAUUUGAAGAAGACAAAAUGAAUAGUAAAAAAGAAAAUAGACAAAAUCAACAGAUUCAAUCAUUCGUAAGAGUUCGGCCUCUAAGCAGCCAAGAAAAGGAACAAAGAUCUCACAACGUUAUCGAUAUACCGACGAAUCGGGAAGUAAAUGUUCGUCAGCAUUCAAUAUCAAAAAAAUUUACGUUUGAUCGUGUAUUUGGCCCAAAAUCUACCCAGCUUGAAUUAUAUUCGGUGGUUGUUAGUCCAUUAAUACAAGAAGUAUUGGCUGGUUAUAACUGCACAGUAUUCGCUUAUGGACAAACUGGAACUGGAAAAACCUACACGAUGGCGGGGGGUUCGGAAAAAACAACAACUAAUGGGUCAUGGCAAAAUGAUCCAGACGCAGGUAUUAUACCUCGUACUUUAAGUCAGCUAUUCGAUGAAUUAAGAUUGUUACAAGUGGAGCACACGGUACGAGUCUCAUAUUUGGAGCUCUACAAUGAAGAAUUAUUUGACUUGUUAUCGCCAAUCGAAGAUUCAUCUAAAAUCCGACUUUACGAGGAUAAUGUCAAGAAAGGAUCAGUCAUUGUUCAUGGAUUGGAAGAAGUCAUUGUUCAUAAUAAAAACGAGGUUUACAAGAUUUUGCAAAAAGGCUCUGAGAAACGUCAAACUGCUAGCACGUUAAUGAAUGCACAAUCAAGUCGAUCACACACAGUUUUUUCUAUAACUGUGCACACCAAAGAAAGUACGAACGAAGGUGAAGACCUUUUAAAAACCGGAAAAUUAAAUUUAGUGGAUUUAGCUGGCAGUGAAAACAUUGGUCGAUCAGGAGCCGUUGACAAGCGUGCUCGUGAAGCUGGCAAUAUCAAUCAAUCUUUAUUAACACUGGGGCGUGUAAUUACGGCUUUAGUCGAAAGAGCUCCACAUGUGCCGUAUCGAGAGUCCAAAUUAACUCGACUUUUACAAGAUUCUCUUGGUGGGCGAACAAAAACGUCUAUCAUUGCUACGGUAUCGCCAGCCACAUGUAAUUUAGAAGAGACGUUAAGCACUCUUGAAUAUGCUCAUCGUGCCAAAAAUAUUACAAAUCGACCAGAAAUUAAUCAAAAAUUCACGAAAUCUGCUUUACUUAAGGAAUAUACGGAGGAAAUUGAACGAUUACGACGUGACCUAACUGCAAGUCGAUCAUGUAACGGAAUUUAUUUAGCACCAGACAAUUAUAAUCAUAUGGUUAACGAAAUCGAAAAUUACGCACGAGAGUUAACUGAAAAAAUUAACGAACAUCGGGCAAUCAGUGAUGAAUUAGAAAAAGCAAACGAUAUCUGUACACAGCUUAAAUUAGAGCUAACUGAAACUAAGGUAAACUUACUUGAGACCGAAAAAAAAUUAAAAGAAGUGACAGCGAUUUCAGAGGAGGAAGCGCAUUUAGUUGAAAAAUACAGUGAAACUGAAGCGAAAUUAGGAGAUCAGGCUCGUACACUCUUAAACGUUGUCGAAACGGUUACAAAAGAUGAAAAUAAAUUGCAUGAUAAAUUGGAACGCGUGAAAAUGAUUGAGUCGAAAAAUAUAACGGAAAGAGAACGAUUCCAAAAUGUUUUCAAUUCAAAUCUGUGUGAAAUGCAACAAAAAAUUCAAACAUUUUUUCAAACACAAAAUAACUUUAUCGAGACUCAUGUCUCACAGAACGUUGAACACAUCAACUCUAAUAAAUUCGAAAUGAUUGCUAUUAAACAAAUUUUAAACGAUUUAUUUUCACUCGGAACGAAAUUACAAAACGAUUUACGUGAAACGUUAAACGGAAAUAUUGAAAUGGAUGAAAGGUGCUCCGAUGAGCUGAAAAAGAUUGUUCAGGAUAAAUUUACUCAUAGUUUUUCAAUUGUAAACGAAUUGUUAAACACGAAAAUUCUUCCUUUAUUAGAAACAUCAAUCGCAAAAUCUGAUAAAAAUGUUGAACAAAUUCGUGAUAAUCAACAACAAUUAAUUUUGAAAUUCAUUGAAUCGCAUCAAAAUUUUGAUAAAUUAUGUUUAAAUAUCGAGCAAUCUAUGAAGUCAACAUUUGAGAAAUUCUCAGAGCUUUAUGGGAAAAAUAUUCAUUCAACUGCAGUGAUGAAUGAAAUCAUUCAGAAACAGAAACACGAAUUGGAUGAAAUGAUGCAGAAAAUCAAUUCGAUGAAAGAAUUUAAUGAAAAUCUUGAAAAACAAACAGCUAAUGUACAUGAAACAUCUGAAAAUAUGAUUCGACUUUAUGAAAAUGGUUGCGACGAUGUGAAAAAUAUUGGAAAACAAGCGAUUUUUGAUUCAAAUGAACGAUUAAAAUUAAAUGAAAUGCAUAUUGUAAGGGUAUCGGAUGAUCUAGUUCUAAAAGAAUGUGGUUUACAUGAUAAUUGUAAAGAGCUUCAAGAACAUCUGACAGCUGAAAUUGACGAACUAAGAAAAGUUUUCGAUUCAAAUAUUCAAACAGCGCAUACAAAAAUUAUCGAUAAAUCAAAACGCAAUAUUGAAAAACAUGAACUCAUGAAAAAUUUAACAAUUAAAAUCGAUGAAAAUCUAUCAAAUUUAAAAACGAAUUCAAACAAUUUACAAAUCACGUUCGAAAAUUAUCAUGAACAAGUGAAAUUAUCAUGCGAUUCAAAUAUGAGCAAUUUAAAAGAAGAAAAUGUAAACUUUGAGCAAAAAAUUUGUUCCGAUGUGAAUGAUCGUAGAAUUGAAGUUGAACGAUUUUUAACAGAAGAUAUUAUUUUUGACGGUACAAAACCAACGGGAAAUACACCGAUCCGUAAAGAUUUUAUACCAUAUCCAAGAUACUUAGCAGCUACAGCACCACGGCAAGUGAUUUUGGAACGCUUUAGAAGACGACGUUUAGCUGAUAAUUUGCAGUCAAGUGAUGCGCUUGUGAAUGGAAUUGCUGAAUCUAACUCAAAUAUCUCCGCCGAAGAGGAUUUGAAUUGUUUGGGGUCUGUUGAAACUGUCGGAUUGGUUAAAGCAUCGUCUACAAAUGAUUUAUGUAACACAAGAGAAGAGAGGUGUAAAGCAGAUUUUGCUACACCCAAUCCACCCAGUAGUCACAGGUUAUCAAACAAAGAAAACGCUAAUGUUUCAUUACUCAAAUCAAAAUCAGCAACACAGCUUCAAAGAGUUUCGGAUAAUAAUCCAGGAUCACGUGCAGUAACUAACAGAAGAGAAGUACUUGGUCCCUUGGUUAAUUAAAAUGAACUUUAUUAAAUUUUAUAAAUAUUGUAAAAUAAAAAUAUUAUUAUUUUUUAAUGUUUAAGCGUAUUCUCAAAGUUUAUACGACUUUACAUUUGUGACUUUUUAA